CGCAGAUCCGUCUCGGUGUCAUCCAAUUCACCCCGAGGCUCUCCCAGUCGAUACCACCCUGGGCCAUCCAAUUGCCAUCCACAACCUGCUAAUACUCGCGCCAUCACAUCAAUCUGAUCCUCAUCCUCAUUCUCCAUCCCGGAAUCCCUAACCAACUCCAACAUCCCUUGACCACCACCAUCCAACUCUCCCAAUCGCAUCCAACCAUAACACCCACCCAGCAAGCAUCACUCAAUCCACCUCCCACCAACCAUCACAAUGGACGACCCAACAACCCUCACCACAACCACCCGCCAACCCUCCACAACCUCCAACCCCCCCAGUGUCGAAAACGCCUACAAACGCAAAUGUCUCGCCCUGAAGAAACGCCUCAACGAAAUCGAAGAAGAGAACGAACUCAUGCGUGUCCGUAACCGUCGCGGCUGGCAAUACAUCCAGAAAAUGCGCCUCGAAUCGUGCAUCCUCCUCGAACGUCUCGCCAAAGUCACCGGGAUGACGGAGGAGGCGCAGGCAGGCGUGAAUCCGGAAUUGCGCGCGCGAGCGGCGGCCAUGAUGACGAAUAUUUCCACUUUGACGGGGGGGGCGGGGGCGGAGGGGAAGAAUGGCCUUGGGGGUGGUGGUGCGGCGGCGGCGACGUUGUACUUGGAUGAUGAGACCGAGGGGAGUUCGGAUGAGCAGCCGCCUACUCCCCAGGAACGUCCUCUCCGCGUCAAACGAUCCCGGAAAUCGAACCUGCCGAACGACAACGGCCUGGAAGAUGACCUGGGCAACAACAGCACCGGCAACAAAGAGAAAGAGAACAACAAGGAUGCUACAGAAUCCGGCGCUGCAGGCGGUGCUUCAUCCUCGUCUUUGCCUCGACUGGCACCGGCCCCGUCGCAGGAGGAAAUGACCUCUUCCUUCCGCAUCCAAACCGGUAGCAAUGGCUCCGUACAUGACAAGGAGAGCAGUGAUCGGGGAAGUCAUAACCCCGAGUCUGUGGAGCAGAGGGGUGAUGGUGUCGAGGAUGAAACGACACCAAUGGAUAUGGAUGCGAAGGAGCCGAAGGAGGAGAGGGAGGCAUGAUACCAUAUAUUUCUUUUUUUUUUUUUACUUUCUUAUUUAGGGACAUUGAACUUUUUUCUAUCUUCAUUGUCAUCUUGUCUUUGUGCUGUGGUAAUAGGUGUUCUAAAUCGGGUUAUUUUACUCUCGAAGAUUUUACUUCUUUUCCUUGUAUCCGAUUCUUAUUCUUAUUUCUAUUCUCUUUGCUUUACAUUGCGGUUGCAUUAUGCUAUGUACGGGGUAUUUAUUAUAUUUAGAUACCUAGCGAAACAUAGCAUAACACGCCGUCUACCUUUGUUUUUCCUUUUCCGUUUUUUUUUUCCCUGAGCGAUGUCUGAAUUGUAUGGUAUAGAAUAGGAUAUCCGUAUUCAGUUAUGCGAGG